GGUUUGGUGGACCCCAGGCAUAAACCACAACUCUCAAGAGCUCUUGGAUUAGUCAUAGCAUUGAAGAAAAAGAGAGCACUGAGUGGUGCCUGGCAGAGAGUCUGGAGUUUCUGGUUUGGAAGCUCCAGAAGGCGUGAGUCAGGGGAGGGGCCUCCAGGUAGGGGAGGGCACAUAGCUAGGCCCCGCCCUAGUGAGCUAUGCAGCAGUGCUGUGCUUUAGCAGAGACACCCAGGACUCGGGCCACAAGGACACAAAGCGUCUCCUGAAACUCCAGAGAGUGAAGACACUCCUAUCUACCCAAGAUACCACUCCUGCUCCACGUGACAUUGUGAGGCUUCUGCUUGUCCUUCACCCCACAGAUGGAGGCACUAGUAGGGGCAAAAAUCGGUUGCCUGUUUGCCCUGCUGAUUCUUACUCUGGGCUGUGGCCUUAUUCCUAUCUGUUUCAAAUGGUUCCGGAUUGAUGCAACUACAGGUUGUCGCCGCCAGGUUCUCAGCCUUCUGGGCUGCAUCUCUGCUGGUGUUUUCCUGGGAGCUGGGUUUAUGCAUAUGACCGCUGAAGCCCUGGAGGGAAUUGAAUCAGAGAUCCAGAAGUUUAUAGGACAGAACAGUACAGAAAGGGAAGGAAACUCCUCUGCUGCUGCUGAGUCCACUCGUGUGGAGUAUCCCUAUGGAGAGCUCAUCAUCUCACUUGGCUUUUUCUUGGUCUUCCUUUUGGAGUCACUUGUGUUGCAGUGCUGUCCUGGGGCUGCUGGAGGAUCCACACUACAGGAGGAGGAAUGGGGUGGAUCUUCUGUUUUUGAAUUACACAGCCAUUCACCUCUCCCCUCACCCCCUCGGGGUUCCUUUCGAGCCCUAGUCCUCUUGCUCUCACUCUCCUUUCACUCAGUGUUUGAAGGGCUAGCUGUGGGACUACAGACAACAAUAGCAGCUACCAUACAACUCUGUGUGGCUGUCCUGGCUCACAAGGGACUCAUCGUAUUUGGAGUAGGACUGCGGCUGGUGAAGCUAGGCACUGGAUCACGAUGGGCUGCGUUUUCCAUACUGUCAUUAGCGCUCAUGUCCCCCUUGGGCCUAGCCUUAGGCAUGAGUGUGACUAUUAGGGACUCUGAAGGACGUCAGGGCUUAGCCCAAGCUGUAUUAGAGGGUGUGGCAGCUGGCACAUUCCUGUAUGUCACCUUCCUAGAAAUUCUACCCCGGGAGCUAGCUGGUCCUGGUGCCCCUCUGACUAAAUGGUGCUGUGUGGCUGCUGGUUUCACCUUCAUGGCCAUUAUUGCCUUAUGGGCCUGAAAGAGUCCUGCUUGUUGUGAUUGAGCAAUCUAGGAGGACUCCUCCCUACCACCCGGAGCCAACUCUUCGGAGCUUUGGUCCUCAGACUUUUUUUUCCUGAGACUAAAGGACAUUCACAAGAGAUCUCAAUCCCCAGGGACUAGACCCUACCUUACACCCACCUAGACCCCAUUUGUUACUCUGAACUGAGUAAGGAAUAUUUAGGUUCUAUGUUUAUUUAUGUGGAGAACCGACAAAAAUGCUAUCACUUCAGACUUGACUUUUCUCCUGUGUAUGCUGCUAUGUGUUAAUAAAAUGUCCAUUUGAUCCUC